UUCGUUGACGCGAAUGUCGUUCCUUGUCUUAUCAGGCCGAUAAUGGAGUUUGGCGCUUGGCUGAUUUGGGCAAGGCGUAAGUCUGGGGUAUGAGCCGAGGCUCACCUCGAGCUAUAUUCAUUAUCAUCUUGCUUCUUACUCCACUUAAGAUAUUAUCUGAAUCACAAUAAGCAAUAUGAAGAUUGAAGGCAGAACAUUUGUGGUGUCAGGAGGUGCCUCGGGACUGGGACGAGCAUGUGUUGAGGAUAUUUGCAAGAAAGGAGGCUACGUUGCCAUUCUUGACAUGAAUGAAGAGCUGGCCGAAGAGCUUGUAAAAGAAAUUGGAGGCGGAAAGACCAAGUUCUUCGAGACCAAUGUUCUAGAAACAGAAAGCAUAACUGCUGCUGUCAAGGGAACUCUAGGAUGGGUGAAGGAAACCGGUAGGGAAGUUGGCGGGGUUAUCGCUGCUGCUGGGGUGUCUACACCUGCCAAGAUACUCGACCGUAACUUGAAUCCUUUCUCCCUUUCGGAUUUUGACUUCGUUAUGAACGUCAACGUCAGAGGUACCAUCGAUCUUGUCCGUCAAGUCCUCCCACAUAUGGCUCGUACCGAACCAGCGGAUGCGGAUGGCGAGCGAGGAAUUGUCAUCAUGGUUGCAUCCUCGGCCGCUUUUGAUGGACAACCAGGGCAAGUCGCAUACUCCGCGUCAAAAGGUGCCAUUAGAUCGCUCACAUUACCAAUGACAAGAGACCUGGCAAGAUAUGGUAUUCGAGUUGUCACCAUCGCUCCGAGCUUGUUUGACUCGAGGAUGACAGCCAUGAUGAGUGACAAGGUUAGGGCGUCCUUGACGAGGGUAAUGGAAUUUCCAUUGAGACCUGGCAAACCUCAAGAAUUCUCACAGCUUGUCACACACAGCAUCGAAAAUAUCAUGCUGAAUGGAGUGGUUCUCAGGCUUGAUGGAGGGAUGAGAAUGCCUAGCAAGAUGUGAAAACCACUUUUAGCUUUCCUCCUGGUGUAUUCUAAUGCUGAAACAAAGCUGCUUUCUAUAUUACAUUCGUUCUCACCCUUUCAUCGUAAUUCA